GCACUAUAUAAGAGAUCAUUUUCAAAUAUUUAAAAAAUUGACUGCAUUUAUAGUUUUAGUCAAUCAAAUCUCUUCAUUCCUUUUUCAUAUUAUUCUGUUCCACUCUUCUUUCCAUAAUCAUGAUUUUCAGUUACAAUUUAUACCAUUUAAUAUUUCUAUUUUUAAUUAAGCGUUAUUCUGGUUACUUACUGGUUAACUUAGGGUUUCAAAGUUCAUCGUUUCCCCUAUUUUUCAAUGGAAUCUCGUAUUGUGGAUAAGUUUCGUCUUGGUAGAAAGAUCGGUAGAGGUUCCUUUGGAGAGAUCUACUUAGGUACUAAUAUUCAAACUAAUGAAGAGGUUGCAAUUAAGCUUGAAUAUGUCAAGACUAAGCAUCCUCAGUUGCUGUAUGAGUCCAAGGUGUACAAAAUUCUCCAGGGAGGAACCGGAACUCCAAAUGUUAGAUGGUUUGGAGUGGUGGGAGAUUACAAUGCUUUAGUGAUGGAUCUGCUGGGACAAAGUCUUGAAGAACUUUUUAACUUUUGUAGUAGAAGGUUAUCACUAAAGACAGUUCUUAUGCUUGCUGAUCAAAUGAUUAACCGUGUUGAGUUCAUUCAUUCGAAGUCAUUUAUACACGGAGAUAUCAAACCAGAUAAUUUUGUAAUGGGGUUAGGAAGGCGUGAGAAGAAGGUUUAUGCUAUUGAUUAUGGUCUGGCUAAGAAAUACAGAGAUAGUUCAACCCAUCGACACAUUCCUUACAGGGAUAAUAGAAAUUUGACCGGAACUGCAAGAUAUGCUAGCCUGAAUGCUCACCUUGGGAUUGAACAAAGUCGAAGAGAUGAUUUAGAGGCUCUUGGUUAUGUUUUGAUAUACUUCCUAAGGGGAAGUCUUCCUUGGCAGGGACUUGGAGUAGGGACCAAGAAACAGAAGUAUGAGAAAAUUAGAGAAAAAAAGGUUUCUACAUCGAUUGAAGCCUUGUGUCAGGGUUAUCCAACAGAAAUUGCAUUAUACUUCCAUUACUGCCGCUCAUUAAGGUUUGAUGAGAAGCCAGAUUACGCUUAUCUCAAAAGGAUAUUCCGCGACCUUUUUAUUCGUGAAGGAUUCCAGUUUGAUUACGUGUUUGACUGGACUAUCUUGAGUUAUCAGCAAUCACAGCUUACUACACCUCCAGCACCGGCCAUCCUAUCAAGUGCCAAUGUCUUGGGUCAGUCAAGUAGAUCAUCAAGGCGAGUUGCUGUUUCUAGUAGUCGUGAUGCAGUUGUUGGUGCUGAAUCAGAUAUCCGUACACGCACUGCUGAGGCAAGCCCUGGAGCAGCACACAGAAUUUUUGGUAGGCAAAGAAGUUUACCAAUUGGACCUUCUGAUCCCCAGAGAGUAGCACGGGCUUGGAGAAAUGUUUCUCAAGCCAAUAAUUAUGAAAGUGCCCUUAGGAGCAUGGAGGGUUUGCAGUUAGAAAAUGAUGGGAGGACCCAUUUUUAAUAUCUCACCUUCUCAUCUAUUGACUAUGAGUUGUUUGCCACUACUUGUGAAGUUCAGCCGUAAAAAAGUUUGGAUCUGAACUUGAAAAUCCAGGUUUGUGUUGCUAACCUGUCCCUCUAUCGAGGGAUUGUGCUUUUCUGUAAAGUUGAGGUUUAAUUGGCACUUCACUUCUGGUCGGAACACCAAAUUUUUUAAACAUUUUUUCCUGUAAGCUACUGUAUUGGUCUACCAGAUGUUUACAGGGUCAUGUGGACCACUAUGCAAGUAUCUGGAAAUUAUGCUGGUAUGAGAAACUUGGAAUGUUUUACCUUAUUUUAUUUCUAUCAAGCUGAGAUCAUACUAUUUCAUCAGCUUUCUUGUUGCUAUUUUCAUUGUAAACCUUUAUGAUAAAUAAUUUUUAAUCUGCUGAAAAGGUUUUCAUUAAACUACAUUGAUAGUUGUGUUUAUCUUGCAUGGUUGUUUCUAAAUUAUAUUAAUAGCACUGGGAACAAAGAAAGUUGUAUUGAAAUUGACCUUACCGGUUGAACAA